CCUCUUCCCGGUACCAGUGGAAAGCACCCCAUCGCCGAGGCCAUCGGUACCAAAUUGACGGGAGGAAAGGCCAUGGCCGGCACCAAGGGCUACUUGGCGGCCUACAUCAAGGAGCUCGAGUCGAACCCUCUUCGCACCAAGAUGCUUACGGCUGGUACCCUCGCCGGAGCUCAGGAAUUCCUCGCAUCGUGGCUGGCCAAGGACCGCAACAAGCAUGGCAACUACUUCACCUCGCGCGUGCCCAAGAUGGCCGCGUACGGUGCCUUGGUCAGCGCUCCCCUGGGCCACUUUCUCAUCUGGCUCCUCCAGAAGCUCUUCAAGGGUCGCGUUAGUCUCCGGGCCAAGAUCAUCCAGAUCGUGGUUAGCAACCUGGUGAUUGCGCCUAUCCAGAACAGCAUCUACCUGGUCGCCAUGGCUCUCAUUGCUGGCGCUCGUACAUUCCACCAGGUCCGCGCCACCGUCAAGGUCGGCUUCUGGAGAGUCAUGCGCAUCUCGUGGCUCACCUCCCCCAUCUGCCUGGCUUUCGCCCAGCAGUUCCUCCCUGACGAGCUCUGGGUUCCCUUCUUCAACUUGGUCUCCUUUGUCAUUGGCACUUACAUCAACACUCUGACCAAGAAGAAGCGUCUCGCCGCCCUGCGCAAGAAGCACUACGGCGACUCCCGCGAGAACCGCCCUCCUUACGGCGACAACCGUGAGAACCGCCCCCCUUAUGGUGACAGCCGUGACAACCGCCCACCCUAC